AUGGGAAGCUUGCCAAAGCUCACUUUUCUAGAACGUACGCCGUCUUGGCUCGACGCACCGCCUCUCCGAGCAGCACGGGAACUGCUCACCGAAGCGCAACGACGAGCGGGGAACGCUCUCUGUUUACUGCUUGCGUUUGUGGUUGCAUCUUUCCUGAUGGCCCUGAUUCAGGGACUCUUCCACCGCUUCCGAAUAUUUCAAUCAAGUCGCGCUGACCGCGACGGCCUUCGGAGCAAGCCUCAGAAGAGGAAACGCUGGGACUGUUCGCAACCGAUUCGGUGGGAGAACCUGCGGGUACUGAUCACGGGCGGGACGAGCGGCAUUGGUUUCGAGAUAGCGCGCAUGCUCUGUGAGGCUAGUGUCUCACCAGGGCCGCCGCGACACCUCACUAUCGUAGGAAGGGACGCGUCGCGACUGGAAACUGCCAAGCAGGUGCUGCUCUCGAGCCGCCCCAAGGCAGCUCAAGGCAGCGAUUCGGGACACCAACCGGUGAUUGAAACAAUACAAGCAGACGUCUCAACUCCAGGGGGUGUUGCCCGUGUCUUUGGGAACAAACGCGAGACUUAUGACGUUGUUAUCUGCUGUGCUGGCGGUGCACUACCGGGUUAUUUCGAAGAGUUCACAGUGGAAGAGUUUAGGGCGCAAAUGGAGUGCAACUAUAUGUCUGCAGCUCUGGUCGCUCAGGCUGCCUUUCGUGAAUGGAAACGCGAGGUUCUUGAGGCAAUCGUCGCGGAGCAUACGCACAGACGCGGUGAUGUUCGAAUACGGGUGCCGUACUGCUCGGAAAGACCGCGACACAUCGUGUUCUUCUCGUCGAUGGCAGCGUUCGCAGCGAUUUUCGGAUACAGCGCCUACGCACCAGCAAAGUAUGCCUUGCGCGGUCUCGCAGAAACGCUGGUAUAUGAGGGGAGGCCCUACGGUAUUGGUGUUUCGGUGGUAUUUCCGCCGGAUACCUUGACACGCGGCUUUGACGUGGAAAAUCGACGCAAGCCGCCUGCCACCAGAGCGUGCACGGAAAUGUCCGCUGGCGCUGCUCUGCCAGCUGAUGAGGUCGCCAGAGUGACACUGCGAGGCAUCACCAAACGAAAAUUCUGGAUCACUUUCGGUCUUGAUGGGUACUUGAUGGGUGCACUGAACGCAGGUUUCGCUCCAGGCAACUUUGGGGUGCUAUCGAUCGCGCUUCUCCCGAUCUUGCGCUGUGUCGUUGCCUAUUAUGUCGUUAGAUUCCAUCGCUUGAUUGCUCGAGACACUGAGCGACGAUUACGGGACGAGAUUCGCCAGUCUAUUUAA